UUUUUUUCCAAUUUUACUACUUUCUUCUCCUCCGUGACAAAUACUUCGAUUCUAUCUCCUCCGUGAUUACUAGUCCUCUGAGUCUGCGAUUCUCUCAUACUGCACAACUAUUUCAAUUCGCUCUCCACUAUUUAAUCUUUAAAGUAGUUAGUCAUCUAUGGAAGAUCAAAUCAAUGGGGUAGCAACUUCAAUACGGAACAAGAUGGGGUAUAUACCCUCUUAUCGUACCCAUAACCAUAAUCACUGCAUUUAUAAGGUACCUCAAUAUAUCCGCAAGGAAAAUGAAGAAUCUUAUCGACCUUCCCUUAUUGCAAUUGGCCCUAUUUACCACGGAGAUCCAACCUUGCAAGCUAUGGAAGAGCUAAAAUUGCAGCAUCUUCAUUGGUUCCUGCAAGAAGGUAACAAUGCAGAUAACAUGGAGCAUUACAUUAAUGUUGUAUGCGAAUGGGAGGAGGAAGCGCGUUCCUAUUAUGCACACAAGAUAAGUGUUUCAAGCAAUGACUUUGUUGAGAUGUUACUCAUUGAUGCUGUGUUCAUGAUUGUCUUGUUUAUGUGGUCGAAUUCUCAGUUGUUACUUGAAUCCCAUCCUAUGGAAAAUAAAGCACAAUUUUUGCUUAUCCUUGAAUCCGACUUAUUUUGUGAAGAAAAUCAACUCCCUUUCUUCGUUCUAGAGCGUCUGUAUGACAUAGCAUUCGGUAGAACUAUUUUCCCUAAUUCGACAUUCUCUCUUGUCACUGCAGUUUUCUUAAGCAAAAGUUGGUAUCGUGAGAGUGGCCCAUCAGAAACUGAAAUCGAACAGCAAUUAUCAUUAUCUCGGGCAUCAAAAAUCAAUCAUUUACUUGAUUUUGUAAGGAUCGCCUAUUUACCUACAAAGCUUCGAGAACAAUUUCCCUGCAAUAGAAGCAAAGUAGACCCACAGUUUCCUUUGACUGCCACAGAGUUAAAAGCAGCUGGAAUCAAAUUCAUGGAAGGGAAAGGUAGAAUGCUUGAUAUCAGCUUCGACAAUGGAGUCCUAAAGAUACCGAAACUAAUAUUUCGUGAUAGCACUGAAUCCGUCUUACGGAACAUGGCUUUCUAUGAGCAAUGCCAUCAUUUUCAUGAUACAUACUUUGUUGAUUAUUUUCGAUUUCUUGGUAAGUUGGUAAAAACUGCAGGAGAUGUUCAAAUUCUUGUUCAGAGUGGAGUACUCCUCAAUUGGCUUGGAAGUGAUGAAGAGGUGGCUAAUGUCCUCCAUAAAAGUUCCAAGAAUAUAAUUUUGAAUCAUCAAAACUUCUAUUAUUUUGAUGUUUCAAGAGAAUUGAAUGCUCAUGCUAAUACCUCAUGGAAUCGAUGGAAGACGAUAUUGCGAAGGGACUAUUUUAGUCAUCCAUGAGCAUUUAUAUCUGUUUUCUAUGCUGUCAUACUUCUUAUUCUUACAUUUUUGCAGACGAUAUACAAGUAGUUGCAGUUUUAGAUCAAAAACCUGUAUUCAUUAAAGUUUUCAUUGGUGUAUUCUAUGUUACUAUAAUGCCAAUGUCUUGAAUAGAUUUUUGAUUAUGGUAUCCA